AUGACGUUCUACGGUCAGAGGUCGUACACCUACAGGCGGCAGUUACGGGAGGAGGUGUCGCUGCACUCCUCGAAUGACCUUGUGGUCAGUCUUUUUGGGGAGGGCGUAGAGGUUCCCUUGCAGCCACUCCCCCAGUUGGGUGAGUUUGGGGCCCUAGUGUUUCCCAAGGAAGACGAGGUGCGUACCGACCUGGCAAGGCAGUCCGGCAUGGUAACCCGGAUGGAGCUUGGGGGUUACGUGGUGUGCACGGCGAUAACAAGCCUAGCAUGCGUGUGUGGGAUAUCGGAGGAGCAGCUGCUAAGCGGUGCAGCCUACGAGCUCCAGACCCACAGGACUCCUCUACUGUCGUUGUCGACGUCAAAGAACCAGGUGGAUCACGCGGCAUCGAUGAAGACGCUCGCCAGCUUCAUCCAUGCUACACCAUGCCCGCUGCCGGUGCCAUCAUCAGCAGGGGCUAAAGACGAUGUUACCUCUCCUAGUCAAAGGCCCGGGUCACCACCUGAAGCCGUGCCAACGAAGGAGGAACCCGAGAAUCCUACGGCUCCAAUCAGGCUUGGUGCGUACAACGUGGAGGACGAUGCGGCAUAUGCCUAUGCUGCGGCUGUGUACGUGAUCCGGCGCAAGGAUCACAUACCGCACAUGAAGGUGCUGACUGAUACUGAGAUGGCAGCGCUGGAUGGGUGUGUCAGAUCGGAUGUGAGGCACCUUGUGAAGGUUCGUCUGUGGUGGAGGAGGCGUCAGUGGAGGACAGCAAUGGCAGAAGUGGGCAUUGCACCCGGUACUCCCUUCCCUCUCGAAAAUGGAGGUUCCCGCUCGCCUGCUAACAGCAAUGGUGAUGACGAAGGGGAGUACCCACUGACACUGAAGGAGGAUGCCGUUGACGAGGAGAUGCAGGAGCCAGAGCUGGGGUAG